UUUUAGAAAUGACGUCCCCAGAUGAUAAUGAUAAACUAUAGCUUACAAUGAUUGGCUCCUUUGUCUCGCGGUGGACGUACCUCCGGUUCUUCUUCCUCCGGACAUCCACCUCCUCCGUCAUAUGUUCCGGCCCCGGUUACACCUCCUCCGUCACUUGUUACUUACAGUAGUACGUAUUUUUAUUAACAUGAUAAAUCCAAUACAAAAACAUUGUGCGAUACAAUCCGAAAUCUGAACAAAACAAAACAAAACACGUCAAACAAAACAAAAACAUGUUAUUCUGCCCGACGAGCGAUACAAAAUACACAUCAAACAAAAUAAAAACACGUUAUUCUUCUCGACGAGCGAACUCCUCCGAAUGAAGAUAAUUAUACCAAUCUUCAUCCCACUCAGUAUCAGAAUCAUCAGCGUUGAUCACGCCUGAAGGCUGAGCCUGCGCGUCCGAGCCAUGGACUCCCAGGGGACGAGAAGCAAAACCAGUCAAAAACUUCUUCUUCUCCUUCACCUCCUUCACCUCCUUCACCUCCUUCACCUCUUUCACCUCCUUCUUUGAAGAACCCUUUCUUCCCUUAGCGCCCUCUUUAGAAGACGCAGUCCUGCGUGCUUGUUGGUUGCCUGACAUGUUCCUGUAAACAGUUGAAAUCGAUUAAUAUGCGAGACAAAAUAAAAAACAAAAAAAUUUGAACUUCUGAUACAAUUCGGAAGUUCAUUUCCGAAAACUGGGAGGGAGGUGUUUUCGGAAAUGAACUUCCGAAACACCCCUGCGAUGCACUUUUCUGCAACUUCCAUGGCAGACCCCUAAACCAAACUUCAAACCAAAUCAAAAUGCUUCUAAACAACCUAAAUACUACUAACAACCUAACCAUAUAUCAUUUACGCAAUUAAAACCCUAAAUAACAUGCAUUUCAAUAAUAGAUCUAAAAAUUUCAAAACUUACAAAGUGUUAGGAUUGAGGGCUUUUGAAUGUUGUUUAGCAGUGUGAUUGGAGCCUUGAUGCAGCUUUGGAAUUCUGAUUGCACAAAUUUUCGCCUUUGCCACUUUUUGUUUUGAUUUAGGGUAAAUGAAUGGGGGAGGGGGAGUGUUUUGAUAAAUCAACAGAAAUCGCAGUAUUUCGGAAGUGAACUUCCGAAAUAAUGUUUUCGGAAAUGAACUUCCGAAAUAAGUCAAUUUUUUCAAAAAAAAAGCGCUUCGGAAGUUCAUUUCCGAAGCAGGGGUAUUUUGGUAUUUUCGCUGGGGGUGACCCCCAUAGGGAGGUGGCCAAAGAAAUUUUCUAUUUUUGAGGCUUCCAAAUGGUGUUCAACACAAAAUAUUCUGGGAAGAACGUGAUGGUGAUGUUUGGUUUCAAAAAAAAUUGGAUAGAUUUUGCAAAGUGUUUAAAAUAUGGAGAUAUCUUAACUUUUAAACAUACUGGUGGAGCAUACUUCAAAGUAAAGAUAUUUGGUAGAAAUUCUUUAGAAAUAAAUUAUUCAAAUAUCAAAUGUUUAGAUGAAGUUGUUGAUUUAAGUGAUGAUGAGAGUGAAGAACACACACAAACUCAAAAGAGAAAAAUUGGCAAAAGAAAAGUUGCAGAUUUGAAUUCAAGUAGAAACAAAGGUGUGAUUAAGAAGGCCAAAAAAUGUUCAAACAUAGCAAAUAUUAAUGAUGGGAGAGUUAAUAAGGAGAGUCCAUAUUUUGAAGUUACAUUGACACCAACUUAUGUCAAUUAUUAUAGUAUGAGGAUACCAAAUGUGUUUUCAAGAAAAUAUUUGAAAGAGAUGGAAGAAAUUGCAAUCUUGAAAGUUGGGGAGGACAUGACUAUGAAAGUGGGGAUCAGGUUUGAUACUAACGCCAAAGGAAUGGUUUUUCAAAAUGGUUGGAAGAAUUUUUCACAAAAAUAUAAUUUACAAAUCGGUGAUAUUUGUAAAUUUGUGAUGACACAAUCCAAACCACUUUUAUUUUCUAUUGCUAUUACUAGAGCCAAAAUUGAAUCAAAACCUAAGAAGUUCCAAGGUUUUUCUUUCUUUCUUACUUUGUUUUUCUUGGCUAAUAUAUUUUGGUUUUUUCUUUGGCCACCUCCCUAUGGGGUCACCCCCAGCGAAAAUCCCAAAAUACCCCUGCUUCGGAAAUGAACUUUCGAAGCGCUUUUUUAUUUUAAAAAAUUUCCAUAAUUCGGAAGUGCAUCUCCGAAAACACCCCAUGGGGGGUGUCUUCGGAGAUGAACUUCCGAAAACACCUCAUGGGGGGUGUCUUCGGAGCGUAGUCGACGAACGGCCUCCAGGUGACGUCGUCGUGCAUCGUGCGGUCCAAGUACAGACGGUAUGGUCUGUGGUGUCGUUUUCUUUUACCUCCCCGUUUCACUUGGGAGGACGGCACGCUAAACCCUUCACGCGAAAUUUGGAAGGAGAAUGCGCCCGUGGUGGGAUGAAUUUUAUUUCAGUUCUUCCUACGAUAUCACACGAACUUUCUUAUUUGUCCUACGAGUAGGAAAGGGGAAAAAAGAUCUCAACUAAACCCUAGGAGUUUGCUAAGUGUGGGGAUUUCACCUAGACUAGAAAUUCUGGAGUCCGGGGGGUCGGUUAUACAUAGGGAAGUGUUUAAACACCCUACAUAUCUGUAGUACUCUACAGGAACCUUCUCUGUGUCAUUGUGUUUGUGUUUGCUGCUAAUGAUUGGGAAAGUUUCUCCUUUGUAUUAGGAGAAGGAAUUGAAUUGAUUAAAGAAAGACAGACAGAUAGACAAACUGACUAUCUUUGGUAUUUUAUUAGCUCGCUGAGAUUCCUUGUGAACCUCAUGCCUACAUAUCCCUAGUGGAAGUCAGAGCUUAAUGUAGUUCGGGGAACUAACUAGGGAAAUUAAUUGUUUUUUUUGGUGCCUUGCUUGAAGCUCAAGGUUGAAGCUUGGAAUUAAAUCUCUGUUUACAGUAAAGAGACAUGAAAUCAUCUUUACAGAGAGAUAUUUGUACUAUUCUACCACAAACAUUUAAAGGAGUGACAGAAUAACUGGAUUCAUUUCAUUCAAGAGGGGGACCUUACUUGCGUGUGCAAGUAUGCCAGUCAGAUGCCUCUUAAAUGAAAGAAAGAUGCUCGUCCAAAUUAGGGAAAGUGUACAAGUCUGGGGAUGUGCCAGAGCAUGUCUUUCAGAGUCCUAAAUGGGAGACUUUGAUUGAAAUUGAAAUUGAAAUGUUUGUUUGUUUGAAUGUGGUAGAGUAGUAAAAAUAUCUCUCUAUAGAGAUAAGCUAUGUCUAUCUACUGUAUAAAAGAUUUGACUUUAGCUGGCUUGUAUGAGGCCCAAGCUUGAGGCUUUUUGAUUGACUUAUUAAUUAUUAUUGACUUUGGGAGAUGACUCCACUGGGGGAUUAAUUACAGGGUAUUUUUGUGUUCUGUACAAAGCCCAGAAUUGAGGCUGACUCUACUUAGGGAGACUCUAUUUGUGUGCCUUGUACAAAGCCCAAGGUUGUGGCUGAUUGCUGAGGAUAAUUGAAUGAAUGACUCUAUUUUAUGUGCCUUGUACAAAGCCCAAGGUUGUGGCUAACUCUAGCUAGGGAAAACAUUAUUUUCUGCCUUGUACAAAGCCCAAGGUUGUGGCAGAUUCUUAAAUAAACUGAGUGUGGAUGACUCUAUGGGGAAAAGAUCCUAGGUGUUAGGAAUCUUUGACACAUGAAAAUAUGGUUUAUAUGCCUUGUACAAAGCCCAAGGUUGUGGCUACUGAAUGAUGAAGAACUCACUGGGGAGACUCUAUUAUCUGCCUUGUACAAUGCCCAAGGUUGAGGCUGACUCUUGACAUGGGAGUUUUAUUGUUUGGGUGCCUUGUAUGAAGCCCAAGGUUGAGGCUAACUGUUUUUGUUGGUUUUGACUCUAUUGAGGAGAUUUUAUUUAUUAAAAGACUGUUUUUCUUUGGAAGCUAACCCUUUCCAGGGAUUUUGACUCAGCUGGAGAAAUUUGUCUGUUAAAAGACUGACUUUAUCAUGUUUUUUGGAGGCUGACCCUUUCCAGGGGUUUUGACUCUUUUGGGGAAAUUAUCUCCUAAGAGAAAUGAAUCUUUAUUUUUUUUGACAUUUUUUUUAUUAAUUGACUUUGGAGGCUAACCCUUUCCAGGGAUUUUGUUAAAAUGAAGGAAUGUGUGGAAGCUAACCCUUUCCAGGGAUUUAUGGAGGUUGAUUUUAAUUGACUUUGGAGGCUAACCCUUUCCAGGGGUUUUUAUUAACAUGAAGGAAUGAUUUGGAGGCUAACCCUUUCCAGGGGUUUAUUGAAAUGGAGGUUGAUUUUAAUUGACUUUGGAGGCUAACCCUUUCCAGGGAUUUUUAUUGAAAUGAUGGAUUGAUUUGGAGGCUAACCCUUUCCAGGGGUUUAUAUUAAAAAUGAAAGAAUGAUUUUGGAGGCUAACCCUUUCCAGGGGUUUAUUGAAAUGGAUGGCAGAAAGAUUAUCUACUGGAGACUUCUUGUUUAAAGCCCAAGAUGAAGGCUGACACAUGCUGAGGAUGAUCAAACAUGGAUCCUAGACUCUGCUAAGGAAGAUUGAUGAAGAUAAGGGUGAUAGAGACUGUCCAUGUCUCUCAAUCCAAAAGGUGUACUCAAUGCAAAAUUGAGACAAACUUAGCUUGUUUAAAGUCUGGUUUAAAUUGGAAGAAACUCACCAGGGUAGGCUAAAAGGUGACUAAAGACCUGUUCCUAUGUUUAUAAGAAACCUGAUGGGUCCUUGUAUACAAGCUCAAGAGGAAGCUGGAAAUGCUUUUAAGAAGCCUGUGGGUCCUUGUACAAAGCCCAAGAGGAGGCUAAUCGAGGGUCCUUGUUAUAGCACAAGAGAAAGCUAUGUAGUUUUGAACUUAUUUUGGCUCUAAGCAAAUGGGUAAGAGGUUUCACCGGGAAUAAUUCCUCUUUGGGUGGAUGUGUCCUAUUAUUUGGAUUCUAAGGUUUUUGCCAAGAUGUUUCACCGGGAAUAAUUCACCUUGGGGGUUUGAACUACAGAUCUCUAAUUAGGAAAGAGCCUUCACCGGGAAGACAUUCUCAAUCCUAGGCCAUAUUCCUAUAAUAUAUAUAUAUAGUUUAACUGUCCUAAGGUUUAUACUCAAACGUAGUUCUAAACUAAUAUAUGCACAGUUUAUAUUUGACAGUAAUUUAAAUAAAGACUGUAAAUUGAAAGCUUGUAAAGCCUAACCUGGAUGGAGUGGAGGCCAUUGAAGAAGUAUGUACAGAGCCUCAACAGUAAUUUUUGUUGUUUUGUUGAUGACAGUUGAAUAUAUGAUAAACAGUUAAUGGUUUUUGAAAACAGAAGAAGUGAAGAUGGACAAAGGUCACAUAGGUAUCUGAAGAGUUUCACCGGGAAUAAUGCCCUUCAAAUACCAGAAGAAUGUUUUGAAAACAGAAAGAAGAUUUUGAAAAUACAGUUUUGAAAAACAAGCUAAGAAGAGAAGGUUUUUGGGACUUACACUCUAUUAGAGGCCCAGUACUUUACAGUACUGGUGUAAAAGCAAUUUGAAAAUGAUUUGGAAUGAUACAAGGUUUUGUUGUUUGAAAACCUUAAUCAU